CUAAUGUAUAUAUAUGUUAUGAUUCCACUGUCGGCGUCUUAAACAUAACCUAUCAAAAGUUGACAACAAAUUUGAUCCGAGGUAGCGUCAGUAAAGUCGACUUGAGAUCUCGCGAUUUAUUUUGAUCGAAGUACACGCAGUUUAAACUCAUCAAGACAAGAUGGGCCGACGUAAGAGCAAGCGAAAACCACCCAGCAAAAAGAAGGCCAUUCAACCAUUAGACACGCAAUUUAAUUGCCCGUUUUGCAAUCACGAAAAAUCAUGUGAGGUUAAAAUGGACAAAUCAAGAAGUACUGCCAGGAUAACCUGUAGAGUAUGCUUGGAGGAUUUUCAGACCACAAUAAAUCUGCUAUCCGAGCCUUUGGAUGUCUACAAUGACUGGAUAGAUGCCUGCGAAAGUGCUAAUUAAGGAAUUACUAGUUAUCCUAUUGAAAUAAGAUUUUUCUCAAUACUGUGCUUACAGAAUUCUGUAAAGAUUUUUGUGCACUUUUCACUUUUACAUGUAUAAAUGUACUAUAUAUAUAUAGAGAGAGAGAGAAGUAUAUAUUCUUUUAUAUAAUAUAUUGUUAAAUAUGACUGUCAGAUUACAGAAGCAUGUUCAUGUCAAGCAUAUAUGCACCAGAAUGUUGUCUUAAUAAACAAUUAUUGUGAUCUUGAGAUCACGAUAAGAUCAGUCGAAACUGCAUAGUUACAUUUAGUAACGGUAACGUUAAAGACACAUUAGAUCUUUAUAAAAAUUUAUCUAAAUAUUAUCAGAUGUAUAAUUUUUUUUUUUUUUAAUAUGUUCAUAACAGCCGCCUUGUUUUGCAUGAUAAAGCUAAGAGAAUAUAAAGCUCCAUUUGACAAUACAUGAAUUUGUAACAUUCUGCUACAUCGUUGUAAAUAAAGAUUUCCAGAUA